ACGCCAUCUUGGAUUCAGCUGAUUAAAAACUGUAAAUAUUUAGCUCGUCGACCGUACCAAAAACAAGUGCAAUCAUGGCUGCCGGGCCAUACAAUUAUUCCUACAUAUUCAAAUAUAUCAUCAUAGGUGACAUGGGUGUUGGGAAGUCGUGUCUAUUACACCAGUUUACAGAAAAGAAAUUUAUGGCCGAUUGUCCACACACCAUCGGAGUCGAGUUUGGUACUAGGAUAAUAGAGGUCUCUGGUCAGAAGAUAAAACUACAAAUCUGGGACACAGCAGGCCAAGAGCGGUUCCGGGCAGUGACAAGAAGUUACUACAGAGGUGCCGCCGGUGCCCUCAUGGUUUAUGAUAUAACGAGGAGAAGUACAUAUAAUCACCUAAGUAGUUGGUUAACAGAUGCUAGGAAUUUAACUAAUCCAAAUACGGUAAUAUUUUUGAUUGGCAAUAAGUCUGAUUUGGAGGCGCAGAGAGACGUAACGUAUGAGGAAGCUAAACAGUUUGCUGAAGAAAAUGGAUUAAUGUUUUUGGAAUGUAGUGCAAAAACUGGUGAAAAUGUAGAAGACGCAUUCCUAGAUACAGCAAAGAAGAUUUAUCAAAAUAUACAGGACGGAAGCCUGGACCUGAAUGCUGCCGAAUCGGGUGUCCAACAUCGGCCGUCGGGACCAAGCAACCAGCCCAACAUCCAUGAACCCGCAAACAAGGAAGGCUGUUCAUGCUAGCUGGCUCUAGGACAACUAUAAACGACAAUUAUCGUUAUCUAUAGAGGGGUUGCACCGACGCCUCCUGGUGACGUCUAGUCGCACCAGGUUUUAACGUGUUGCUCAACAGUGAUCACCGUUUGUGAUUAUUUAUCAGUGCGUAGAGUGCGCCAGGGAUCGUGAGGAUUUUGAUAUCGCAAUUGACGGAGAUGUUUUCCUCCUUUCCCUCGGACAUGGCGUGUGCAGGUGUAAGCUGCAGGCAGCAUUGUCAGUGCUGUUUUGUGAUGCCGAGUAAACUGUAGGGAGCAAGUCUUGACAUGAGAUGCCACCCUGUGCAAUCGGGACCAUUGUGGCCGUACCUGGGUUGGUUUGCAUAUUGAGAGAGCAUCUUUGACUUUCAAGAUGACGACGUUGGCAAGUUCAUCUUGACUGGGGUCUGCAACCCCUCUGUAUGAAGCAGUUAUUAAUGUUUACUUGAUAUCAGUAACCUUAUCUUAAAGUGGACAAACCGGAGGGGCCAGAUUUUAAAUGUGCCACAUUUUGUGGAGCUUGAUGGGUGGAACGUGAUUGGGGCAUGGCAGUUGGGCACCGAUCUAAAUAUUUCUGGACUAUAUCGGAAAAUGAUUUGUCUUUUGCUCCACUGAAUCAAGUCAUUAUCACUUAUUUUAGAUUUGCACUGCACUCAUUUCGGGGCUAGAACUCCACCAAGGCACAGAGCCCUGGGCCGUGGUGACACCUCAAUCAGCUUUGUGGCCUCGAAUACUUUCCUUCAUAUUCCAUCGAGCAAGGCUACAUUUCUCACAAACGGUCUUGGAACGGGUGCCCUCAGAUUUAUUCAUUUCUAGCCCUGUCAUUCGGGGGGAACAUUAUGACUAAGAGUGCAUUGCAAGCAUAUUGAAAGAGAUUCGGGCGGGUGGAGGCCAGAGUUGUGCUGCACUAGGUGGAACCAAUGUAGUGGGGCACAAACUGAAGCUGCCCGAAAAUGCUGCAACAUUUGUUGCGGAUAGCUGCAACAAAAAUUGCAUGUGUCCUGCAACAAAAGUUGCAGCGUGUUCGGCGCUCAUUGGAAAGUUGAGCGCGAUCAGUCUUCGGAAUGCAUGUAGUGAUAUUUAACAAGGGUUGACUUUGAUGUAAUUUGGUCCAGUUUUUGCUGUGAUGGGGUAAGGAGCCAAUGUGCUAAAUGUUCAAAUCUUUCCGACUGACGCUAUAUAUGUAAGCCAAAUGUUUGGCAUGUAUUUGUGUGCCAUUACUUGUUUGUUUCAAAUAAGUGAUUCCUAAUUUCCUCGAAUUGAUAAUUUUCUGCGAAUACUAUAACUAUAGACAGUGAGGUCUUAUGCACUCUGCCUAGUUUGCCCCCAACAUUUUCAAUCUCGUGUUUCUUUCCAUUGGGCCGAAACUGCUCAGCAAUUGAAGUUUUAUCUGGGACCGGAGGUGCCUCAAUAUUCAUGUUGUGGAAUUAUCCCUCUGUUUGUCAAUCAGAUCGAAACUUGUCGAUCAUUCACGAAAAUCCUCAUCAUCUGAUCAAAACAUGUAAGGGGUGUACUAUGUGGUUGUAAGUAAUGCACCUGGUUCUUGAAAUCCAGUACAAGUAAUGCAAUUUUGUUUUUGCUUUAGGUGGAUGUGUAACAGCGAACAAGUUACAGCUAUGUCUUGUUGAGUUUCAAAACAAUUCGCUCUGCAAAAGUGAAUUUCACUCUUUCUGUACAUUUGCCUGAGAUAUUUUCUAGUGGUCUUGUGAAUAUUUAACACUCUUACAAUUCGCUGUAUAAACUAAGUAGCCAAUUUUAAAACAGUGCUUGAAAUUAGCCUUGUAUAGUUUUUUGCCCCCCCCCCCCCCCCCCCCCCCCACCCCCAGCAACUAUGGAACUUUGGUUGUCUUUCAUGACAAACCCCUUCCUUGUAGGUUUAAAUUCCUUUCAAAUCUUGUGAGAGCCUUUUCUGGCAGCCCGAUGAUUGCACUUUGGCUAAUUUCUUGCCCUGUGUGUUGAGUUCGUCUAAACCUUUUCACCCCCAUUUCCCUGUAUGGACUCUUCCAGGUAAAGCAUUAGACAAGUCCAUAAAGAAAAGUGAGGGUGUAAAGCUAAAAGGAACUAGUCCUUUUGUAAAUUUUGGUAACAGGACUUGGGACAGUUGAUUUGCUUCAGGAAAUCGAUCUGGUUCGGUUUCAUUUUCAUAUGCUGCUAGCUUACUUUGUCUUUUCAUUCAAUAUUGCAGUGUGCCUCCAGUAUUGGAUUUGGCAUAUCAAAAAUCCUGCAUGAAAUAACGUCUGGAAUUUUCCCUUCCUCUGAGCCGUUGACCCCAGUUUGGUUCCAGAUGCAGUUGUUGUGAGUGCGGUCCAAAUUGUUUUCCCCGCACUUUUAGAGACAAAUGGGUGCCGACUCGCAAUGACUGCUGAUGAGAGACUUUGGGGUGCAGUAGAUCAGGUAUCGCCACUGUACAAAUUCAUUGAAGAUGUUGGGUUACCGGUCCCCAUGUCGAUUUCAUACUGAAAAGGUCGGCAUUGUUUGGGAACGCAAACACGGUCCUGCUAUGAGGAGCAGUAGUGUCAGAUAUGCUGAUUUUAAAGUGAACAGUUCAAAUUGGUCUCGGUGACACUGAUGGUGUAACCUUGACUGCAGGACGUUUCUUUUGGUCCUGGGUACAAGGUUGUCGGUGAAAUUCUGUAUUAUACUACUCUAAUUUAAUCAUGUGAACCGUUUUGUGUAUUCGCUUCCAGAGAAGUGUAAAUUUAUUGAUAGAUUUGACGGCACCCAGCUGUAAAGCUGCAAAAAUAGGAAAAAAUGUGACUGUGUCCUUAACAUUGAAGUCGAAAUGGAGCUGAUAGAUUUCAUGGGUAGUUCGCAGAAAUAGCGGUGAGAGUGUACUGUAUAGGAACUUGUAUGUUUUAAUAAUAUUCGAGGGUGAAGAUUGUGUUUUGACUACAUUACAAACAACUUGGAACUUCUCCUUAUGAGUGUCAAGUGAAAUAUGGACUUCUGUGUGACAGUGUCCAUCAAUUUUUUCAACAAAUUCUUAGAUCACUUUUGUGUUUGAAAGUAGAAUCUUUACGCUUCUUUCAAUUUCUAGAAUCACUCUCUCAACAAAGCACACUGGUUUAUUAUUUUGGCUUCAGGAAUGUAUAGGGGAGUAUAUUUUUCCUGAAAUAUCUGAAGUGAAAUUGAGGCGUUUGCAACUGUAUAUUGUAUGACUUUGCGUGUAGGGAUGCACAGGGUGGCUCAAUAAAGUGUCCCAAUUGUCAUGAAAAAUCCAGAAGUACUUUAUACUGUGCCACCCUGUAGAUUAGCAAAUCUGAGACGAAACAAGUAGGGGUCGAUUAUUGUUACUAUGGUUACUGUUCAGUGUCCUUAUCUAUAUUUUGUGCUAUUUUUAGCCUUGCCAGAAUUGAAGGUUUGGUCCAUGUGGAGUUUGCCUGAAAUUGCCUUUGUGUUGUUUGGUGGGGUUGUCUGAGGGACUUGAUAGAUGAGUUGCUUGGGCCAAUGCAACCAGAAAAAGGUACAAACAAUCCUAAAACUGUGCAUUUGUCUGUGGACACGCCAUGGCCUAGGAUGCAGACAACUGCAAAAUCACUUGAUUGGCGAUUCAGGCAACCGUGUCUGGAACGAACUUUAGGGUAAAAUUUGGCAUAAUUAGCUGUGGUGUCAUUGUGGGAAAAUAUUAAUAUAUACUUGAAAGUUUUUAAAUCUGCUUUUGAUGGUUUAUGCUAAAAUUGGAUAAAUUUACCGCAAGAGUACAAAACUACAAUGUCAAUAGUAUGGCAACACAGAUAUUUUCAACAUUUGGAAAUAUUUAAAUUUCGGUUGACCUACUUACUUCACUAACUUAAUGAGGCAAAUAUUUUUGAAUAUGGUUAUGCAUGAAUAUUUUGGAAAGCUUGUCCAUAAGAGUUUUCGAGCAAGUUUUUUGCAGAGGGAACUGACUGUCAGACAGUCACCUACUGACAUUUUGCCGAUACUUUUUUUUCAGCAAACGAACUAGCCCGGUUGAACCCUCACGUGGAGAAUGCCUUCUGUAAAAUUGCAGAGAAAACUACAUGUAUAUUCAUAGGUCUCUCUGGUAUCAUGCAGUCAUGGCAAAGUUGUUGGAUGGCAUGUUCCAAUAAGUUUGUGAAGUCUCCCAUAGUCUUUCCCUAGCAUUAACGCAGUGGAAAAGUGCACCGAGCUAUUCUGUAAAGCGCCAAAUUUUCCUCCUCAUUUUAUUUUAGGGGAUUACGCAAAUGAUAUCGAUUUGCCAAAAAAUGAACUUCAAUGAUUCUUUUCUCUACAGGGUAAACCAAAAAAAUAUCUAUUGUAGCCUAUUCAAUUUUGUUGGCAUUCCUACUGUUCACAAGAAUUGAAGUGCAGUGGUAACGCUCAACUAUAUAGCUUUGUACGCUUAUCUGCCGAUAUUAAUGUCGUAAAAUCUUGAAUUCCUCUCCUGAACAUCCUGGUGUGUCACACUUCAAACCAACAUCAGCUCUUGACAUAUUCUUGUGAUUUUCUUUUGACACUGAAAUAUAUUUAUUUACAUAUAAUAUGAAAA